AUGCCAUUACCCACGUUACUAGAUGCCGAAAAUAAAGAGCUGUAUAUGAGAGUUUUAAAUUUCUCGUAUCCCUUAACGAUUGAAAAUGUUCAAAAUGAGGAAUGUGGUGUACAACUUUUUAUGCGUUUUCCUACACAGUCUGAUUCGGGUAUCGAGAUUAAUUUUAAGACGGACAUGAUGUAUUUACCCGAGGGUUCCUACACCUUACAGAGACUUAUUGAUACUUUGAAUACAUUUGUCUCCGAAUAUGAUGUGAAUUUUACAAUUUUAAAUAAUUCGCGUGUCGGUGUAACGUACAGUAUCGAACGUGAAUAUUGGCAUUCUGACGAAACUGUAAAAAGAGUCUUAACAAGACCACCCCAUCAAAUAUUCAACGUUUUUUCCCAAAAUACCGACAAUGGGGACGAAUUUCAAAUGGUCCUUACUGAAUCGUUGGCAUAUAUGCUGGGUAUGCGUGAAAUAAAAGUUCAUCCAGAUGUUAUCGAAAAAAAAUCGCAACUGCAAAGAAGCAGAUCACUUUUUCCAUCAACCAUUAAUGCCAACUUUUAUUAUAUGAAUAAAACAAAUGCUUCUGGAGCAAAUAAAUUUGCUUGUUCAUUUAUGGGUAAAGCCCUUCCCGAUAUUUCAAACGGUGUUGAUAAAAUGUUUGUAUAUUGUGAACAAUUGGAAAUGUCGAUUGUUGGCGAUACAUAUGCUCCUUUGUUAACCAUUGUACCCUUAAACAGCAACGACCGGGGUAGCGGUGCAUUGUGUGUAUACACACCAGCGAAUACGGUCCGUAGAUUAAUUAAAAGUAAAAUUAAUCAAUUUAAAAUUGCAAUUUACGAUACAACACAUAAGCUAAUACCGUUCAGCAGCGGAACAGUGAAUAUCGAGUGUGUUGUGGAAUAA